CAAUCCAAUAGAAUUUCGUUGAAAUUCAGCAUUUCCUGUUUCUGAAUCAACGUGUUUUUCGUGUCAUGCGGUAACAUUUGGAGAUAUAAACCUUAUUUCAAAAACUUAUUUUCAAAGAUCGUUAUUAUUAGUUAUCUUCAACUGGCAAAAUACUGCGUUAAUGUGUUAUUGACACACGAUAGGUCUGCUCUGUGUUGCAAUUGCAUACAGCAUGGUUUGGUGCAGCAGGGUUUUGCACAGGAAGUAUGGGAACUUUGUGGAUAAUCUGAGGGUGUAUGUCAGAGGUGGCAGUGGUGGCAUGGGGCUGCCACGACUGGGUGGACAAGGUGGUAAAGGAGGUGAUGUCUGGGUUGUUGCCAAAGAUGGCAUGACCCUGAAGAAAAUCAAGGACAAAUAUCCACAGAAGAGGUUUGUAGCUGGUGUUGGGAAAAACAGUGGUAUCCGAGCUCUGAAGGGAGAUAAAGGACAGGACUGUGAGGUCUAUGCUCCAGCUGGCAUUUCAGUCACAACUGAUGAUGGAAAGGUCAUAGGUGAACUGAAUCAAGAUGGCGAGCGGGUACUUGUAGGACAAGGUGGCUGUGGUGGGUCUUUUGCAACUGGCUUCCUGCCCAAAAAAGUUCAGGCAAGACAAAUACGAUUAGACUUGAAACUCAUCGCAGAUGUGGGCUUAGUGGGGUUUCCAAAUGCUGGCAAGUCAUCCCUAUUGAGUUUGCUUUCACAUGCCAGACCUCAGAUUGCAAGCUAUCCUUUCACAACCUUGAGGCCAGAAAUAGGAAAAAUAAUGUUUGAAGAUUACAAACAGAUAUCUGUAGCUGAUUUACCAGGUUUGAUUGAAGGCGCCCAUGUAAACAGAGGAAUGGGUCACAAAUUUCUCAAACAUGUUGAGCGAACAAAGCAACUGCUCUUUGUGGUUGAUGUAAAUGGAUUCCAACUUUCUUACAAAACACCAUUUAGAACAGCCUUUGAAGCUGUACAGCUCCUAACAAAGGAGCUGGAGUUAUACAAAGAAGAACUGAUGUCAAAGCCAGCCCUCCUUGCUGUGAACAAAAUGGAUUUGCCAGACGCAGAAGAAAAGCUAAAGGAACUUGUAGAACAACUUCAACAUCCCCAAGAUUUUGUACACUUGUUUCCUGAAGGUGUGGUUCCAAGGUGCACAUUGCACUUUAACCAUAUUGUCCCAGUCUCAGCAUCCAGUGGAUAUGGCAUUCAAGAACUAAAGAAGUGCAUCAGAAACUCACUUGAUGAGCAGGCAACUUCACAAAAUGAAGAGGACCACAGAGAAAAGCUGCAGGAACUUCACAAAAUGAAGAGGACGACGGAGAAAAGCUGCAGGAACUUCACAGCCCAAGUGCUUCCAAAGCUGUGAGGAGAUGUAUGAAUGUAGAAAUGUACAAAUCCAAGCCCUUUGAAGAGAUAGAAACUAGAAGAACAUAGGAUUCAGCAGAAGCAACUCUGUAUGAACUACUAGAUCAGGUGUGAGCGAUGAACCUGGUAGGAACAUGAUUCUGAGAAUUUCUGUAAGAGCUACAAAUUAUUCUGGCCACACAGGACAUACAUACAUACACACAUUUACUAUAUAGAAACAAAACGCCUGUGAUAUGCAUUGUAAUACACUUUACACUGGGUAAAUGGACUGUCCCACACAUGAGGAAUUGUGAACUUGAUUUUUGUGAUAAUUGAUAAUACUUUCUUUUGGGAUGUUUCUAAGGAAGUACAGUUUUGUUUUAUUUUAUAAUAUCCCACCGCAGACCCAAUUUUUUUUUUUGUUAUGAUUAUUUUACUUUACUGCUGGGGAACGAUGUCAAGUUUUAAAGGAACAUGAAAAACAAAGCUAUUUCUGUACAGUACAUCCCAGACACUGUAUACAUUAGUCUGGCUUGUUAAUUAUAAGACAUUUUAAACACUCAAUUUAAAGAUAUGUAAAAAAAAACUUUAGGUCUUGAUUAAGACUUCUAGACACAAUGUUUUUCAUAGAUUUCUUUCAAUAUUUCUACCUUUCUUUUAGUUCAACAGCUUAAGAUGGCAAAUUAUAGGAAUAGAUCUUCUUUGUGAAUCACAGAGUGUGAUUGAUAUUUAAAUACCCCCAAAUGUCAAAAUGCGAGGUUGACAAAACAAAAGGUCCGAAAGUAUCAGCCUAACGAUUAAAUGGAGAUAUCUGGUAAUGGAAACACCCUCUAAGGGAAGUUACUUUUAAUUACAUACAGUAGAUUCCCUGCUAGUCAUAUCAGUACGUGAAUGUCCAUAGUUUAAAUAAGUUCAAUGGAUUCAUUAUUCAGGACAUUUUCAAGGGAAAUUAAGCUUGGCGCUGAAUAGAUGGAAAAGUUUUAUUUGGGCUGCACAGUAGGCUAAAGCUACUCCCACCCACCCCUCUAUGUUAUGGGCAUGGGGGGGGUUGAGAUAAUUGUAUUUCUAAUGCCAGUCACACCUAUCAUGCUCUGAUAGAGCUACCCAAUCAUUUUCUGAAUGCUUGCCAUAAACACAUUUCUUUUCCUUUUUUUACCUAACUGCCAAAGAAAACCGACUAGCCUCUUAACUGCCUGUUUGUUCUUCAAAUUACAUUUUCAUAUUUUAAAGUCCUCUUACCUUUUUGUGAUGUUUACUCUGCUACUGUGCUGUCUGCGCGCCUCUGUUGUAGUUUCAAGCUGUGGGUUUAUGUAACACAGGCUAGAUUAUCCUAAAUGUCUUUAUGUAAUCCCCAGCGCUGUCUAGUGAACGAUGACUGUAUUGCCAGGAAUACCAAAAGCAACUUUGUGUACAGUAUGUGUUCACUACAUGUGAAUAAUUAUUGUACUACUCUUUUUGUAAUAUCUAUACUGUUUGUUUGUCUCAAAGACUUGUAUCUUAAGCAGCUGGCCCCGGAGGGCCUUUCCAGACUUAGUAGGUAUAAUAAAAACAUUAAGUGCUGAGGGGUAUAAUUGGUCAAUUUUAUAAUUAAGUACAUGGGUGUAACAAGUGCCCUAUUUGAAUUCCCGAACUAUUUUAAGGAGAGUGAGUGGGGUGAAAGGAGCAGUCUUCUACAAAGUAAACUAAAAAGACAAAUUGUAUUGAUAUAAUUAUUAAAAACAAUACUAAAAUUAUAUUUAUUAUAAAUAUAUUUAUUGUUGAUUUAGCAGUGCAAAAUACAGGACGGGUGUUCGUGGAUGUAUAAGGUAACAAGCUAUGUAUAAAUUAGUGUGAUUGAUUAACUGGUCAGCACACUGUUCCAAGGGAAAUUAGGCACAGCAAAGAACAGAACUGAUGUCAAAGUUUUAAUUUGGGCAGCAGCCUGAAGCUUGUCGGAACCCCCCCAGACAUGCACACACACUUCUGUUAUCAUGGGAUGGGGGGGUGCAAAUCAUUUUGUUAACACAAAUAUGCAGUAGUGGUGUUUAAUGUAAAGUGAGAAAAAUAUUAUUAUUAUUAUGAAACCUUUAUUUUACUAGGAAAUUACAUUGAGAUUAAAAUACCUUUUGCAAGUGAGACGUAGCCAAGAAAGGUAGCAGCAGUAUGAUAAAACAUAAUACAAAACAAAUACAGAAAUAAAAUAAUUCAAAACUCAGACAAGUCCUAUUCAAUAGAAUAAACAAUCAGUUAGUGACAAUCCAUUAGUGACAGGUGUAAUCAACUACUUAAAACAAGCACAACUCUCUAUUGGAUAAUCAUGCAGCUUACUCUGGAAUUGUACUAAAGUUAUUUGGGACUGCAACUUAAGUUUAGACUGUAAGUCAUUCCAAGACCUAGGAGCAAAAUAAACAAAUGAUCUUUUAGCAACCUCAGUGAACACUUUAGGAACUGUAAAAUACAAUCGAUGUAAGACUGUAGUUACUACAAGCUUGAUGCCUUUGAUUAAUGGGGGCUCAAAUUUCCAUGUGCAGUAGCUGAAUAACAUUCUGGGUAAGGAUUUAUUAAAAUAUGUUUCUCAGUUUUACUGCAUUAGGGUGUCAAAUAAAAGAUACCAGAGCCAGGGUGUCACUGAAAGGUAAUGUUUUAUUAAAUAUAUUACAAGAUUAAGUAAUUCAUAUUUUCAGAAAAAAAAAAAACAACAUGGCCAUUGAUUUACAGUGUU